AUGGCGACGGGGCCGCAGGUGGCGGCGACGGGGCCGCAGGUGGCGGCGACGGGGCCGCACGUGGCGGCGGGGCCGCAGGUGGCGGCUGCGUGGCCGCAGUUGGCGGCGACGGGGUCGCAGGUGGCGGCGACGAGGCCGCUGGUGGCGUCAACGGGGCCGCAGGUGGUGGUGACGGGGCCGCAGGUGACGGCGACGGGGCCGCAGGCGGCGGAGACGGGGCCGCAGGUGUGUCCCAGGUAG